GUGUGUGCUCCUGAUCUACCACAUGGAGGGGUGUGAAUGCUCACCUAGAUAUGUAGGCCAGAUUACCUCACAGCUCUAACAUUGUUUUAUUUUCAUCAAAAUCAAACAUGAUGUUUUUCUCAUGAAAGUGUAUAUGGACCUCUGUUAAGUGCUGUCGACUGUCUAGUUGUAUAUAAGAGGGAGCACAGCUUUCCUGUGAGCACAUGUAGCAUACAUUUAUACUGGACUGGACUGUAAACGUAUUGCGUCCUAUCCUGAAGCAAGUGUUUUCAUGGAAUUCUGGAAAACCGUUAUAUAGUUACCGUAUUCCUGGAGUUUAAACCACAAUCCUGUUUUCCCCCGACACUUUCCUUCCGUGAUGAUCGAGAGUUGAUGUGAGUUUAUGGAUCUAAUGCAUUGACAUGAAACUGAAGGAGAUAAACAAAACCUUGAACAUUUCUCAGAGACAUUACCUGUGGUCGUGACCUGACGAUUACCUGUAGAUUACUUCUGAAUUACCUGUGGUAGUUACCGGUGAAUUACCUGUUGUCCUGACCAGUGGAUUACCUGUGGUCGUGACGAGUGGAUUACCUGUUUACUGAAUCAUAAGAAGGGUCCAAUCCUUUUUGCAGUUUAUUGGAAGAUGGUGAACUAAGAAAGGUGCUGAACAUUGAUUACUGAGGAAGCUGAUCAGGAUGACAUCCACGAUACACGUAUCCUACCUGUUGUUAAUCGUCGGUAUUCUAGCUUGGUGUGCGACAGCAUGGGUUGAUUCUACACCUCGUCGACCGAACCGGAGGAAGAACAAACAGACCAAACCAAACAUUAUAGUGAUCAUGACUGACGACCAGGACAUACUUCUGGGGUCAAUGGAGGUCAUGCCUAAGACCUUAAGAAUUAUGCGUGACCAGGGCCUAGAAUUCAACAAUUCCUUUGUGUCCUCGCCGAUGUGUUGCCCUUCGCGGUCAUCGUUCCUCACAGGACUGUAUCCUCACAAUCACAAUGUGUACACUAACAAUGAGAAUUGUUCCGGGGACUACUGGAUACAGAACCAUGAACCGAACACCUUCGCCACCUACCUCAACAAUGCAGGAUAUCGUACAGGCUAUUUUGGUAAAUACCUGAACAAAUAUAACGGUUCCUAUAUACCCCCUGGUUGGCGGGAGUGGGUCGGACUGGUCCGCAACUCUCGUUUCUAUAACUACUCCAUCAACUUCAAUGGGAACAAAAUGGAACACGGUGACAAUUACUACGGUGACUACCUAACAGAUCUCAUUGCCAACGACAGUGUGACCUUCCUAAAACAGAGCAAGGAGUACUUCAAACGCAGGCCCGUACUUAUGGUCCUCAGUACUCCCGCUCCACAUGGUCCAGAAGACUCUGCCCCACAGUACCAGCAUCUCUUCUACAACAACACCUUACACAGGACACCGACCUGGAACAUGGCCCCAAACCUCGACAAACAAUACCUGUUAAAGAUAACCAAGCAGAUGGAGCCCAUACACCAGAAAUUUACUGACGUGUUACAACAGAAACGACUUCAGACGCUUCAGUCUGUGGAUGACCUGGUGGAAAAGGUAUAUACCGAGCUGUGGAUGCUGGGAGAACUGGACAACACCUACAUCAUCUACACCUCUGACCACGGCUACCACCUUGGUCAGUACGGGGUCAUCAAGGGCAAGGGUUUGCCGUAUGACUUUGACAUCAGGGUUCCCCUGUACAUCCGAGGGCCAGGGAUCAAACCCAGAUCCAGGGUAUCCAAUGUGGUGAUGAAUGUUGACCUGGCACCCACCAUCCUGGACAUGGCCGGAGUACCAAUCCCCGAUCACAUGGAUGGACGGUCCAUCCUUAAACUCAUCAAGUCCUACAAAGACUCCACAAGUGUGGACGAUAAAGAAUUUGUCCAGAUGAAGAAACCUUGGCGGGACACAGUCUUACUGGAGAGAGGGAAAAUCACCAAGAACAAACAGAAGAUCCUGAUGAAGGAGCAGAACCAGCUGUUCCUGGACAACCUCAGUAACAUGGACAAUAUCCCUCCACAGAUACUGCAGUAUGCCACGCGCAAACAGCGACGCAUCCUAAAACAGUGCUCCAAGUCUAAGAACAAGCCACCAUGUAAAGUAGGACAGAGAUACCAAUGUAUCCAGGAGCCAGGACGUAAGUUACCAAGGUUACAGAAGUGUCGCUCCAAAGAUUUGGCGUUGGGUCAGAAUGUCCAGGGGGAUAGUCCCUAUCCCACAAUGCAGCAGAAACCCUGCAGAUGUCCUCCAAUGAUGAAUGCACAGGAACGCCGAAACCAAGAGCAAUUUCUACUGAAUCAUGUCAAUAAAGACUUUAAACCCAAAUUCAUCAGCAGACGAAAACGACAGCUGCCCUAUGACCUGGUGGACGACCCAUUUUCUGAUGACUUCAAUGAACAGUACCCACAGAUGGAGCUGUUUGAGCCUCGUUGUCGGGAGCUACCCAACAACACGAUAAUGUGUGACCAGGAGCUGUAUAACAAUGUGGACGCCUGGAAGAACCACAAGGGCCAACUGGACGAGAUGAUACAGGAGUACAGAAAGAUGCUGGAGGACCUGAGGACAUAUCGGCGACACCUGAAAACUACGAAGCCUAAAGACUCGUACCUGUCUCAGUUUGGUGAUGAUGAGAGUGGGCCCGGUUACCUCGACAACACAGAUGGGUACUUAUCACCUGACCUAACCGACCCAGAUUGUGACUGUGAUGACAAUCUUCCGGGCACAAUUCAAGAAAAAAGACAGCGCAGGAAAGAUAAAAGGAAAGAGCGAAAAAGAAGAAAAUUCAGAAAAAGGAGGAAAAACAAAGAUUGCAAUAAACCUGACAUGAAUUGCUUCACCCAUGACCAUACACAUUGGAGGACGCCACCCCUGUGGGAUUCAGCAAAGUGGAAUCUACCGCCGGAUGAAAAAAUCCGCCGCAAGAAUCAUCCUGCCUGCAAACGGGGAGAAAUGGAAUGUGGUCUCAUGGACAACUCCCAUUGGAGAACUCCUCCCAUCUGGACCAAUGGGCCAUUUUGCUACUGUACAAACUCCAAUAACAACACCUACUGGUGUCUGAGGACGGUGAACCAGACACACGACCUGCUGUAUUGUGAGUUCAUCAACAACUUCAUUAGUUACUACGACCUGUUAACCGACCCUUUCCAGGAAGUGAACACUAUACACCAGGUGAACUACGGCGUGUUACAGCAGCUCCACGACCAGCUCAACGAAAUGAGGGCAUGCAAAGGACACAGAGAAUGUGACAAGGCCGGCACAUUGAAAGAAAGAAGAAAUCGGGACAACUUUGAUGACGAUGACGACUUCAACGACGAGGAACUCAAUGACUACAUAGACAAUGGGAACACAGAUUUUAGCUGAUCGUAACUGUUAACCCUUUCACCCCUUUAUAACUUAAGUAAACUCUACCAUGCAUUGAUCUGGAUGAGUCCAUUGUGGUCUACAGUGGUGAAAUGGUUAAAUAGUAAUUUCAUGUGUGAAUGGUUUGUCCAUCAGUACAGAGUGGAGGUAAACUCUCAAAAUGUUUGUGAUGAAAGGUAAACAAAUUGUGAUUGAUGGGACAGUUUUAGAUAUUACAAACCUUCUAUGAAUUUCUGAGAAAGAGGACUCGGUGACAAUGGAGGAUAUGUGCUGACGUGAUUGGAGAAAGGAAGUAAGCAUGUAUGGCAAAGAACGGUAAAAACUCACAGAGGCUGAAACUCCAACCAGAUUUAGUACCAGAAACGUAAUGUCACCGGGAUCUAAUAAACAAAACAAUUGAUGGAGACCGGGAGUUGUAGUCAAUGUUGUUGGAACUAAAAAUAUGGCCAAUGUGGAGGUUUCCUAGGGGUUUCCUGGAGGUUUCCUGGGACUUUCCAUGAAGUUUUCUGGAGGUUUCCUGGAGGUUUCCCGGAAGUUUCCUUGAAGUUUCCUGGAGAUUUUGCUGUGUACGGAAAAUGUGUGUGUUGAUUGAUCAGACCUUCAAAGUUAAAACAUCAUCAGUUCACGACUUUCAAAUGGAAGCACAUAAUGAUAUCAAUAAAGGAAUAACAGCCUGGAUAAUUAUGUUCUCAGUUAGAAACACAUUGUCAGCUAGCGAAACAGCUCACGAAACAGUCAACGACACAGGUAUUGUUACUUCUAGGAUAGCAUUAACUUCUUGGUGUUUUUACUUUCCGUAACAGAUGGACACAGGAAAACACGAUAUCACAUAAAGAAAAAUAAGGGAUGAGGAAAAGAGGAAACUCAACAUUGUAAAGUAGCAUGUCUGAUCUUACUGGUGUGGAGAACUGACUGGGUGUUAUUAAUGAUGCUAUUAGUCAGUGGUGAUGUACAGGAAAACCUCAGUGUUUACUGAUGCCAUUAGUCUGUGGUGAUGUACAGGAAAACCUCACAAUUUACUGAUGCCAUUAGUCAGCGGUGAUGUACAGGAAAACCUCAGUAUUUACUGAUGCCAUUAGUCAGUGGUGAUGUACAGGAAAACCUCAGUAUUUACUGAUGCCAUUAGUCAGUGGUGAUGUACAGGAAAACCUCAGUAUUUACUGAUGCCAUUAGUCAGUGGUGAUGUACAGGAAAACCUCAGUAUUUACUGAUGCCAUUAGUCAGCGGUGAUGUACUGGAAAACCUCAGUAUUUACUGAUGCCAUUAGUCAGCGGUGAUGUACAAGAAAACCUCAGUAUUUACUGAUGCCAUUAGUCAGGGUGAUGUACAGGAAAACCUCAGUAUUUACUGAUGCCAUUAGUCGGUGGUGAUGUACAGGAAAACCUCAGUGUUUACUGAUGCCAUUAGUCUGUGGUGAUGUACAGGAAACCCUCACAAUUUACUGAUGCCAUUAGUCAGCAGUGAUGUACAGGAAAACCUCAGUGUUUACUGAUGCCAUUAGUCAGCGGUGAUGUACAGGUAAACCUCAGGAUUUACUGAUGCCAUUAGUCAGCGGUGAUGUACAGGUAAACCUCAGGAUUUACUGAUGCCAUUAGUCAGCGGUGAUGUACCGGAAAACCUCAGUAUUUACUGAUGCCAUUAGUCAGCAGUGAUGUACAGGAAAACCUCAGUGUUUACUGAUGCCAUUAGUCUGUGGUGAUGUACAGGAAACCCUCACAAUUUACUGAUGCCAUUAGUCAGCAGUGAUGUACAGGAAAACCUCAGUGUUUACUGAUGCCAUUAGUCAGCAGUGAUGUACAGGAAAACCUCAGUGUUUACUGAUGCCAUUAGUCAGCAGUGAUGUACAG